AUUCCGCGGGUAGUCAAAAAAGUUGUCUUAAAACAGCAAAUGAAACCCUGUCAGUGUAAUCGUCUUUACUGAAAAUCGUGCUUCCUCCCCCAACCCUCUUCUGUCUGUUUUAGCUUUCUGUUCUCGUGGAGUUGCAGUCUUUAGCGGAGCUCACCAAUCAAGGGAGAUGAAUCAUGUUUUGUGUUUGUUUUGGAUAAAGAAGAAAAGAGCGCUUCCUUGAUGGUUGUUUAGUCUCUUGCAUUUCUAUGGCCCAUCCUAACAGCAACGCCAACUCCAAACUUUCUGCUGAAGAACUGAAGGGCAACACUAUCUAUCAUGAUUUCCUGGGCAAAGGGUGCGCCCCAGAUUUUUCUCCGGCCGCCUCCUCCUCCGUGAGGCCGCCCUUUUUGGAGCCAUACCCGGUGGCCUCUUGCGCCUCUCUUGGCGUCUUCUCUGGCGGCGGUUGUGGCCCUGUUUCCACCGCUUCAGAUAUGUGUUCGGGACCACAGUCAAGUUACGCCGCUUUCUCGGGAAGUAAGAGGUGCAGUUCAGAUUCUAAUAUGGUGUCUUGUAAAGAUAGAUUUCCCGCCAUUCAACCCGAUUCACUUGCAUCCUCACAUGUGAUGAAGCUACUGCGGAGUGGUGCAGGAGGAGAGAAAUGUAGGGCGUCAUCACACAAUGAAGAACCGUCACUCAGAGGGCACGAUCCAAUGAGGCCGUUUUCAUCAUCUCCCUCCAUGGGCGCUACUAGAACUUAUUCUACUACUUCUACUUCCAAAUGGGUCCCACUCAAUCCCCUUACUGCUUUGAAAUACCCUCCACAUACCACCCAAGUUGUGCCUUUCGGGUACCAAACACCGCCCAACAGGUUUAGUAGGGACACCAAUACUGCCAGUCGUUUGCUUAUAUCUCAAGCAGCUGCUGAUGAAGGGUCAAGAACAGGAAUCAAAGGGUCAGGAGUGUUGAGAAUGUCAGAUAGGACACUCUCUGAGGUCCCACUAAGUGUGACUAAACAGAACUCUGGGAUUCGAACCUCUGAUCCUGCUGAAUCUCCCAAUCCUGGGUACCGAGUCGGACCUACUGGUCAUCAGAUGACGAUUUUUUACAACGGUCAAGCCCAUGUUUUUGAUGAUGUGCAUCCCAGCAAGGCAGAUCUGAUAAUGGCAUUAGCGGGUUCUAACGGAGGAUCUUGGUCCACAACCUAUGGUUUGAAAUCUGUGCUUACCCGGGGGAUGAGUGACACGGCAGACAUGGGAAGUGGCUCAAUGUCCAUGGCUGCUGCUGCUAUACUUGGAGACUUGCAAGGCAGAUCAUCAUCGUCCCCAUCAUCCUUACCACUGGACUCCAGCCGCCCGUUUGAUGAAUCAUCAUUUAUUCCCCCAGGAAAUCAUCUAGGUGGUGAGAAACCCAGGUAAAGUGGAACUGGUAUCGGGCAGCAACAACUCUUCAUGGAGAAAAUAUUGUGGUAUGAGCUUGAUGGAAUAUCAUGUUCUUGGUUGUUGGCAUCCUCAACUGUGGGACCCAUCAUUUCCAAUAGAGCCAAAGACUCGCUAUUGUUUGAAAAUGGUCAAAAUGGUACAUGAAGUUGUAUCUACGGGAGUAAGCAGUACUUCAUCUUGCAUUUGAAAUUUUAAAGUACAUGAACUUGUAUUUUUAUAGUCAAUCAAGUACAUUUGCUCUAUUAGAACGUUAAAAUACCUGAUCUGGCCAAACUAUAUGUUUGUAUUAUAUGGUUGCAGUCCAAGUCAUUAAAAUAUUAAUGAGAAAAUGGUCAAAAUGGUACAUGAAGUUGUAUUAUCAGGAGUAAGUAGUACUUCAUCUUGCAUUUGAAAUUGUAAAGUACAUGAACUUGUAUUUUUAUAGUCAAUCAAAUACAUUUUCUCUAUAA